GACCAGGCCUUCCAAUACAUCAAGGAUAACGGAGGAAUCGACACUGAGGAGUCUUACCCCUAUGAGGCUGAGGAUGGGAAAUGCAGAUACAGUCCACAAAGCAUUGGUGCCACCUGCUCUGGGUAUGUUGAUAUCCCCAGUGGUGAUGAGAAUGCUCUGCAGGAAGCCGUGGCAACCAUUGGACCCAUCUCCGUGGCGAUCGAUGCUGGACACAUAUCCUUCCAGCUCUACGAAUCAGGGAUCUACAGUGAACCUGAGUGUAGCAGCUUAGAUCUGGAUCAUGGAGUUCUGGCUGUGGGCUAUGGAUCUAACAAGGGCAAAGACUACUGGCUGGUGAAAAACAGCUGGGGUCUGUCCUGGGGUGACAAUGGCUACAUCAUGAUGAGCAGAAACAAGAACAACCAGUGUGGGAUUGCAACAGCAUCCAGCUACCCUCUCGUCUAGAUAACCCAACGAAGACGCAGACUCUUGCAAGAACCAUUUUCAGUGGACUGAAGACAGAAAAUACUGAAGGACGAUUUCAAUUUGCUGAAUAUAAUUUCAAUAAAAAGGGUAUUAAAAAGG